AUGCGUUCAUUUCGAUAUCCAGUCCUGCUUCUUCUGCUCGUUGCGACCCUCGCCAGCGCCUAUUGGUGGUCCAGCCGUCCGCCAGAGGUUGCAGUCACGCAGCCUUUCAGGGGCCGUGCCGCCGAGGUGGUCUAUGCAACAGCUGUCGUGGAACCCGUCAGGUGGGCAAAGGUUACAAGCAUCAUUCGUGAAAGGAUCAUAUCCCUUUGCGGCUGUGAAGGGGCGGAAGUCCGGCAAGGCGACCAACUUGCCGAAUUGGACAGCGGGGACGCACGGGCGACGCUCGCCGAGCUAGAGGCGCGCCGCGAACUGGCCCUGUCGGACCGGGAGCGGGCGUUGCAGCUCAUGGAACGGCGUGUCGUCAGCCAGCAGGUUUAUGAAAAGGCUCAGAACGAGGUCAUUCGCAUCAAUGCGACGAUCGCCGCGCAGAAGGAGCGGUUGCGGGACUACCUGAUCACCGCGCCGAUGGAUGGCGCUGUGUUACGGCAGGACGGUUCUGUCGGCGAGGUUGCGGAACCUGGCGAAAUCCUGUUCUGGAUCGGGCAGCCCCUGCCAUUGCAGCUUGUUGCGGAGGUGAACGAGGAAGAUAUCCCGAAAGUCGAGAAAGGCCACAAGGCGCUCAUUCGUUCGGACGCGUUUCCAGAUGAAGAUCUCGCCGCAACGGUCUCGAGAAUUACUCCGAAAGGUGAUCCGAUUCUCAAAAACUACCGCGUUUACCUCGAACUUCCGGACGAUACCCCCUUGCGUAUCGGCAUGACCACGGAAAUCAACAUCGUCACAAACGAAAGGGACGAUGUCCUGUUGCUGCCGAUUGCCGCUUUCGACGGCACCAUGCUUCAGGUCCUGGACGACCAGGACCGGAUUUCGCUCAUCAAGGUCAAGACCGGCAUUCGCGGCACCAGAGCGAUCGAGGUUCUCGACGGCAUUGGGGAGCAGAACCAGGUCGUCUUUCCGUUUCAGGCUGACCUUUCGGAGGGCGACAGGGUUGCACCGAGGGAUGGAGGAGCCAGGUAA